AUGGAGAAAGCUGUCAAUCAAGAUGAAAGAUCAGAUGGUUUCAAUACAUUUGAGUGGCAGUGUCUGACAGAGGCUCAACGGGAGGAGGAAAAACCUCAACAGAAGGCUAAGCAGACUCAGCAGAAACUCUGCCACCUCUUCCAGCAGUCAUCCAAAGCAGUUUCCCAGCUUUAUCAAAGUGCAUGUCAACAACAAGACUUGUUCCUGUGGCCACCUCUCCAAGCUAUCAACACUCUUUACAAAGAAAGUCUACGAGCCCAGCAGCAGAGCCUUGACCUAGGAUUUGAAGCUGGUCAUAAAAGACGCAAUGAAGAGCUUCUAGCCUGGGUACUUCAGCAUCAUGAACCAAUUUCUAGAGAGGACUUAAUAACCAUUCUUUGCGGAAAAAAACCUUCUCCAAAGGAUGCUCCUCCAAAAAUGAUUGCUGGCUCAAAUCCUCCAGGCACAAGCAGCAGAUCCAUCACUGGCCAGUGGACACAGUGGAUAAACAAAAGCCAUGAUGGGACUCUGAACUGCUCAAGCAGCAUAUCCAACACCAGCCAGUGGACAAAGUGGAGAAAUAGAAGUCAUGGUGGGGAUUUGAACACCUCAAACAGCAGAUCCAACACCAGCCAGUGGACACAGUGGAGACAUAGAAGUCAUGAUGGGACUUUGAACACCUCAAGCAGAAGAUCCAACACCAGCCAGUGGACACAGUGGAGAAAUGAAAGUCAUGAUGGGGCUUUAAACAACAUUAUCGCUGAAAAAAUGGUGCCUCACUUUUCAAAGAACAUUUCACAAAAGCGCACCUUGGCCCAAUGCAGUGACCUUUUUACACACUCACCAGCACCAAAGCGCAGCCAGUUGAUCUGA